AUGAACGGCGAGCCGAGCCCCCCAUCACCCACCGACAAUCCAGUGGACGGCGAACCGAUCAUCACCGAGCCCGUCACCGUCACCGACAUGGUCCUGAUCGUCGGACCGGACAAGGAACGUAUCCCAGUCGAGUCAUCCAGUCUCAAGGCCGCCUCGCGCGUCUUUGCUGCCAUGCUCUCUCCUCCCUGGCUUGAAAUCAACUGCAAAGAGGUUCCCCUUCCCGUUCACGACGCGGACGCGAUGCGCUUCAUCAUCCUCACCCUUUCGUAUGACAACGAGAACGAGUUCGUAAACAGACUGCGGACGCCUCAGGAGAUACUUCAGAUCGCUAUGACGGUGGACAAGUACCACUUGCGGACUGCGCUCAAGUUUGUGCUGGACUACUUGUUCAGGCAGGCGGGUGGUGACACAUUCCGGCCCUUUGUGGUGGAGGUCGUAGACCGCGAGGAUCUCAUCUACCUUUGCGCUGCAGCUUACCUGCUCGACCGGUGCGAGAAUUUCAGCAGGUAUGCAUUGGAUCUGCUGUGUUACCAAGUGAGGUCCUUCACCGCGCUCAUGAACGAUGAGUUGAUCAACAGCAUCCUGCCUGCAAAGUUUUUUGGUAGGUCAGGUUCUGUCGUUCUCUUGCAUUGUCUUGCGUUUCUCUUCUGCCUACUUCAACUGUCUUUCUCUACUUACCCACCCACCUACGUACGCACUUUCGGGAACGCUCGUUUUGAAUCUGGGUAA